AUGGCCACUCAGCCCUUUCGAUAUCGAACAWUCUUCGAAAUAGCCGCCAUCUCAAUCCUUCUCUACAUCUUCCUUGGCUCCCCAACAAAAGAGGUCGAAGACGAGUCAUCCCGAGUGGCACCUUCAAAGGCAAAAGUCGGCAAGCUUGUCUAUCCUUCCAAAGAUCUACAAUGUCCUCGACACGACUACGCAGUCAAGAUCUUCUCCGCGACUCCACUGGUGAUGCAUAUUGAAAGCUUCCUCAGCGAAAACGAGGCAGAUCAUCUGAUUAAAUUGAGCGAAAACAAAUGGAACAUCUCCACAGUCUCAAACAAGGGCAUCGAAGGUAUAGACAAUACCGUUCGCAAGUCUGAAAAGGCGGGCAUCGAACGAGACAAUAUCGUUCAAUGCAUUGAAUCCCGAGCAUUGGAGUUCCAAGGUUGGCCAAAAGAUACUUUCAUCGAAAAGCUCUGGACGCAAAGAUAUAACGUGUCGGGCCACUACUCUCUACACUACGAUUGGGGUAGCGCCAACAAAGACUCAAGACGAGCGAGUAGCUUCAUGGUCUACUUGCAAGAUACUUGCGAGGGCGGCGGAACUCAUUUCCCACGAUUGCCCAGACCUGCGGAGAAGAAAUGGUGCAAUGUCAUUGAGUGCGGAUCAGAGGACGAUGUUUCUAAUAUGGGAGUGACCUUUAAGCCUAAGAAGGGAGCUGCGGUAUUCUGGAUGAACUUUGAUGCGGAUGGAAGGGGUUACAAAGAGACCAUACAUGCUGGCAUGCCUGUCACAUCUGGACAGAAGAUUGGUCUCAACAUUUGGAGUUGGUAUCAAGCAGGGCAUCGUAUGACUCCAGGUGAUGGGGAAUAG